GACGGCGCCGUCCUCGUCUUCGGCCUCGAGAAUGGCACCGUGCGGGGUCCUAUCCGCAGCUUCGAAAUCCAGGAGGACGGCCCCUCGAGGGAGGCCGCAGCUGCAGACCUGACGCGAAGCGUGACGGCGCUGCAUCUCUACCAGGGCCGCCUCUUUGCGGGCAGCUCCGGCCGCUGUACAUACUGGACCUUGGGGGACGGCGAGCUGCAACGUGAGUUCCAUCUUCCAGGAACUGACGAGCAGCCAGCCACGGCCAGCUCGUUGGUGGUGGUCCCACAGGAGUCAGCACUUCGGCUCUGGGUGGGCCUCGACAACGGCCAGCUGGUCGUCUUUGAGGUUGAGACCGGGAUGCUGGUGCGGAGCUUCUCUUGCUGCGGGCCCGAGAUGGUCUCAGCAGUGGCCUUCUGCGAGAAGACCUCUGCUGUGUUCGCCCUCUCGGCACAUAAGCGCGUGAGCAUCUGGGACUCCAAGACGUUUGCCUGCCUGCAGAAGUAUCCAGCAGAGCUUAUGACGCCGGG